CGGUUGUGAGCUCGUAGUGUUUUCGCAACAAUCGGCACUUUUCAGAAACAACAAUCGGCACUCUUCAGAAACCCGAGCUAUGACGCGUGUGGAAAGGUCGAGAAGCUUGGAUAGCGGCGCUGAGCAAGCAAGCGGCAAGAAGGAAGGAAUGCCUGUCACAGCGACGCCUCUCGGUCCCGCCGUGAGCAUGGGCACGGGGCGCCCGCAGCUCACGUGGGAUCUCGUGUUUGAGAUGAGCGACGUGAGCGGGCACGUGCGUCGCCACUUGCUUCGCGUCUACACAACCCUUGGACUUAUGGUACUCUUUGCCGCUAUUGGCGUCCUCCUCGACUUGCGCUGGCCCGUACAUCCGGCCAUCACGGGGCUCGUCAUCGGGUUGCCACUUUUGUUUGCCAUCAUGUGCACGCCGCCCGCGCGGCUCGCCUUUCGCCUGACAUGUGCGAUGCUCCUAGCCACCUCCAUGGGCGCCAGCAUCGGCAACUCAGUGCAGCACGCCCUCGCCAUCGACCCGGCCCUCAUCGGUCUCGCCUUUGGCUGCACAACGUUGAUUUUUGUCACGAUGAGUCUCUGCGCUUAUUUCGCCACGCACCGGGCCUCGUUCUUCCUCUACGGGUUCCUCUCGUCAGCAUUGCUGCCGCUGAUUGUCCUCAGUGUCGCCGCCGACUUUAUCCACUCGCCCUUCCUCGUCUAUGUCAGCCUCUAUGCCGGUCUUUUGCUCUUCUCGCUCUUCAUCAUCGUCGACACCCAGCUCAUGAUUGAGCGUGCCAUCUGCGGCGAAGACGACUUUGUGUGGCAUGCGCUCGACCUCUUCCUCGAUGUCAUCAACAUUUUCGUGCGCAUUUUGGCCAUUUUCAACGUCACGAACGACGACUAACCGUGUAAUCCCAAGGGACUCGAUCCAUACUUGCUCAACACCCAACGCAGACUCGCAAGAAGCGCGGAUGCCUCGUUUCCACACAACUAAAAUCGUGUCAUAUAGUCUGUUUGUCUUACGUGGCA